AUGACCUCGAGAACGGUCCCCGAGUACGAUGACCUCGACAAUUAUGCCGCCGACGAUUUUGACGACCCUUUCCGUACCCCGCCGCCCGAAGCGCAGGAAACAAAGAACGUUAGCGCAAAUAAGAGGAAACAGGGUGAAGCACUAGGUCUUGAUGAGGAGGUCGAGGUAGCAAAGCGAGUGCGAGUGCCACGAGUGAAGCUGGAUGAAGCAAGGUUGCUCUCGGAGAAUGGCAUUCCCGAGCUUCGGAGACGGGCGGUGAACCUUAACUUCAAGGGAAAGGGGCACGAGUUCUCCGACACAGCUCGGCUACUAUCGUUCUACCAACUCUGGCUCGACGACUUGUUCCCAAAAGCGAAGUUCCUCGAUGCUCUAUCCAUGGUGGAAAAGACAGGCCACAAGAAGAUUAUCGCCCACAAGCGAUUGGAAUGGAUCAACGAGGGCAAGCCGAAGCCAUGGGAGGCAGAUGAUGCUCCGGAGGAGAGUGGUCCGGGUGCAGAGGUUGGCCAGACGGCAGGAGUGAAUACGGCAACAGAACCAGUGAGCCCGACGGACGUAGUAGCACCGGCAAAGGAGCAGGGCCCAAAGACGCCAGAGAGAGAUGUCCCAGACGAAGAUGAUAUCUACGGAGCAACACCAGUGGCACAGGUUAGAACCCAAGCAUCGACCUCGAUGCCCGAGGGUUAUGGAUACGAAGAGGACGAAGAGGACGAUUUGGAUGCUCUGAUGGCCGAAGCAGAUGCGGCCGGUCAGGCACAGAGACCGACUCAGCAACAGAGUAGGAAAUCGAUCGGAACUGACUUCGAAGACGAAGAAGCGGCCUUGGCCGAAAUGGACGGCUUGUGGUGA